UUGGUUCUUUUUCUUAGCUCAUAAUUGAUCAAAGAUUAAGAUCAUAUAAUAGAUAUAUAAAUAACUUGGAUAGGAAUAAUAAAAUAAAAAACUUUUGAGAGUUUAGAUUAGGUUUUGGUAAAGAAAGUAGAUUUGGGAUAAUUUUAAGAGGGAUGAAAUAUAAAAUUGAUAACUUUUAUUAAAAAUUUAUGAAAGGGAUGAGACAGAUAUUUGAAGGAAAUGGGAUGUACAAAAGCUUCUUUGUGGCUAUUAGAACAAGAAUUUUUUGAAUUUUAUUAUCUGCAACAAAUCUUUAUUUUUUAGAAUAAUUUUAAAACCUUCCAGGAUGUUUGCCUCUCAAUUCUUCAUCACAUAAAAGAUUGCAAUAAAAAAUAUUCACCUUCUGUUAAUUUAAUAGAAACUCAUUUAUAUUUAUUGUGAAAAAGACCAAUUUUUGAUAUGAUGAACCAUAGGUUGUUGUUCUUGUGUUAUCAUAUCCAUAUUUUGACAACCUUCAUCUAAGAUUGAUCACUUCAAAGACUCUUGAAUUUUAGAUACGAAAGAAACAACCCUAAAUAAUGAAACCUCUUCUAUUAUUUAGGCUUAUUUCUAAGCUCACUCGAUUCAAAUAUUGACAUAUUUUUGUAUUUCAUAGCUAAUGUAUGAGGUGAUAGUGUAACAAACUAUUAUAACUCAGCAAUCUAUAGUAGACUCUCUUUUUCUUUUUCUAAAGAUUUUCACUAGAUUAUUUAACUUACCAACUUUAUAUUUUCAAGUUUCCACUUCUGAAAUGUUAGGAAUUUCAGCAAAAAAUAACUGACUCUUUAUCCAUGUCUAAAAAUUAUGAUUUACUUUUAGCAAUUUUCCAUACCUUCUAAGAACCUAUGAGGCUAAGUGCCAGAGUCUGCAGUAUCCUUUAAAAUUUUGAGCAAAUUCUCUUAGUCUAUGAUCCUAAUUCUCAAAAAGUGUGGCUAUUCAAACUUGAGCAAAUUAUUUAAAAUAUUAUGUUAGAAAUCUCAUAUAUCCUCAAGUUUUAGCCUGCAGAAUCCUAAGUUGUUUGGUCCUCUAGUCUUAGUUGGUACUUUAGUUACUCCAUUUUUGUUAAAAUCCAGUGUUAUUCUAAGACAAAUUUCUGACUUCAAGUGAUAGAUUAGCAAUAACUUAGCCAUGAAGACAAACACCUUCAUGCUUUGAUUACUAAUCAUGAAUUUGGCAAGUUAGCUAAUGGCAUAAAUUCUGGCUGGGGACUUUAGUUGAUAUUAUUCUCAAUGUUUUACCAAAUUGAUAAAAGUUUCUGAAGCUUUCCAAAACUUAUUAUUUUUUUGGAUUAGAGGAUAAUUGAAAUAUUUCCAGAUAUAAGCUUCUUUCAAAUGCUAGUAUUAUAUUUCUUUAAUUUGAUACGCAAAUUAUUAGGUUAAAUCAAGAAUCUCCACUAUUUGGUACUGGAAAGAAAGUGGGCAAGUCGGGCUGUCUGACGAAAUGUCAAAGUAUAGAAUUGACAUUUAAAUCAUAUAGAUCAGCAUAGAGUUGUAGAACCCUGCAAUUAUCAUUAAAUAUCCUUUUCUAUUCUUCAAGCGUUAUGCUGAUGCCAACAAUUAUAAACUUCUGCGGCGUGCUAAUUCUGUUGGCUUUUUGUAUUGAUUACAUUGAUAUAUUUUGCUAUCGUUAUAAUAAUCAUAUUAUAACUAACUGAGUCUUUUACAGUGAAUAAGCUUUGCUAAAGUUCAGUGCUGCUUGUAAUUAGAAGAAUAGAAUACGACUAGGAAAGAAAUUAUAGUAUCUUGGAAAUAUGCAUUGGUGCUUAGAGGAAAAUAAUAUUAUUUGCUUAUAGUCUGAGAGUUCUUACGCAAAUGUUUUAUCUUAGUGUUUGCUAUUUUUAAUAAAUAUUCUGAUCUUUAGUCAAAGUGAAGAAUUUCCUCUGUAUUUAGAAGAGGAAGUUUUGGGUUUAUUACUUUUCUGGUUAAUCAUUAUUUAUCUUACUUCUUUGGCCACUAUCUUUGCUAUUUUGUAUCAAUCGUUAAGUAGAUCAUUACAAGCAUUAAUUUUGGGUGAUGGUAUGAGAUUUUUAAUAUUCUUUCAUUUUGAAAUUGUUUUUCAUCGAAAUCUGACUAGUUCAUUGAUAAUUUUUGUAAAAAUCUGGGACAUAAGCUAUAUCAACAAUAAUUUUUAUUGCUAAAAUAAUUUUGUUCCAGUUCUAGAUAAAAUUUAUUAAAGAAUUUCAUUAAUGCUUAUUUUAAAUCAUGAUAAGAUCUUAGUGAAGCAAAGUAAUCUAUGAACUUUCUUUCCAUCUCAUAAUCAAAUCUUUGAGUUUGAGGGUCUAAUGAUCUCAAAAUGCUAAAAAUUUAACUCACAAUGUUCAUUCACCAAUUCUUCUUUAACUAUUUUUAGACAGAUGAUGAAUAACAGAAAAUAUCAACUGAAACAAAUGUUUUCUUGGUCUAAAAACUUGAAAAAUGGACCCUGGACAAACGAGGAACAUGCUCAAUUUAUAAAAUGACUCAAAACAUAUGGAAUCAAUUGGCCCAAGCUUAGAGAAAUGAUUCCAAGCAGAACUAGACACCAAAUCAAGUCACAUCAGAGAAGGUACUUCUAUCAAAUCAAGAAGCAUUUUGGUCUUGAAGACCCCAUGGAAUACAUUCUUGCUAAUAAGUGAGAUAACCUCAGAUUCUAUAAAAAUGGUAAGACUCAUGAUGAAGGAAAUCAAGAAAUUGAAGACGAAGGAAUAAGCCAGACUUGUAAGAAUGCUAAGAAAAGAGAUUCAAAAUAUUUUGAAAAAAAGCAAGAAGAAGAGUUUGGACUUGAGAAAAUAUUCUCCAUUCAAAAAGUAAAGAGAGACAAAUCUUUCGAACUGGGAAAAUUUGUGAAGUCUCAAAGACUCAAAGAAGACACCACAAAGGAUUGUACUGAUUUCAUGACUCAGAAUAGCUUUAAAGCUAAAGAAACUAUUUCUCAAAAUAAUAAUACAUUCUUAGUAUUAGGAAAUGGAGAGGUUAUUGUUGCUGGAGACAUUGUGAAAUCACUGGUUCCUUGCGAUGUGAAGAAAAUUGAUUCUGGAAUGUCAAUAAUUCAACCAAAUCAGAAUGUAACAGUGUCAAUAAAGUCUAUCCCAAAUGACCUUUCAUCUCACGCCAGUCAAGUUCAAUGCUCGAUUCCAAUAGCAAAGAACCAAAGAGAGGUGAACACUGAUGAUUCGAUGCUUCAUAAUCUGAAUAACGAACCAAGUAGUCAUAUUUGUACUGAAUCCGAACAAUGCAAUGUAUUUUUCGAAGCAAUCGAGUUGCUUCGACCAUAUUAUUGAUUCAAAGAUUUGCUGUAUUAA